AUGGAGGUGAUCCAUGCGGGAACUGGCGAGAUUAUUGGAAACCAUUCUGACCCAAACACCCUCACAGACUCAGAUUCAAGUGAACAGACUGGAUGUUUCAGAUGUCUGCGGCGUGGGAUCCCUCUCAACUGCAAAAAACAAUUUUCUCAGUUAUCAAAAUUAGCUGGACUCAUGUGCGUUGUUCAGCUUCUGGUCUUUUUAAUACCUUUUGUCAGCACUGUAUUCUGUGGACAUCUGGGGAAGACAGAGCUGGCUGGAGUUACUCUAGCCACAUCUAUUGUGUCUAUUACUGGUAUUUCAAUUGGACAAGGACUGGCAACAGUAUGUGACACAUUCAUAUCUCAGACCUUUGGGAGCAGUAACUUAAAGAGAGUGGGGGUCAUUCUGCAGAGGGCUAUCCUCAUUUUACUUCUGGCUUGUUGCCCAUGCUGGGCUAUUCUUAUCAAUACAGAGUCUAUCCUCCUGGCCUUCAAGCAAAGCCCAGAGGUGGCCAGGCUGUCCCAGAUGUAUGUGGAGAUCUUUAUGCCUGCACUACCUGCAGCCUUUCUGUUCGAGCUACAAGUAAGGUAUCUUCAAAGUCAGGGUAUACUAUGGCCCCAGGUAAUCGCAGGAAUUGUGGGAAAUGUCCUGAAUGCACUGAUCAACUACAUCUUUCUGUUCGUUCUGGACCUUGGUGUAGUUGGUUCGGCUGCAGCCAACCUGAUAUCCCAGUACUGCCUGGCUUUGUUCCUGUUUGCUUACAUUCUCUGUAAGGGUUUGCAUAAGCCCACCUGGGGAGGCUGGUCAGUGGAAUGUCUGCAGGAAUGGGGAUCCUUUGUCCGCUUAGCCAUACCUAGCAUGUUCAUGGCAUGUCUGGAUUUAUGGAUGAUUGAGAUUGGGGGAUUCCUAGCAGGUCUGAUAAGUGAGGUUGAGCUGGGAUCACAGUCAGUCAUCCGUAUGGUGGCUGGUAUUCCACAAAAGAUUUUUGUAGGCAUCAAUGCAGCUGCCACUGUGACUGUGGGGAAUGCUCUGGGAGCUGGAAAUGUACAGCAGGCUCAGCUGUCCUGCAAGAUCUCCAUAAUAUGUGCAGUUGUGAUCUCCCUAUGCGUAGCAGUGAUCGUUGGGUCAUCAUCGGGUGCAAUAGCCAUUGUCUUCAUAAAUGAUGAGCAGAUCAGGAGAAGGACUGGUUGGUGGAUUGGUCUCUUCACUGGUUAUUUCCUGAUGGAUUCUUUCUGUCUUGCCAUUUUUGUCAAUAUUGACUGGAAGAAAGCUGCAAGUGAGGCACAAGUCAGGGCUGGGGUACAGCCAGCAGAGAAGAGAGAUCGGGGGCAGCCCAUGGAGAUGCAGGGUGGCUCUCAUGAAAUUACUCCGGACAACCAUGAAGAGGGGCACAGUCCCUGGCAGUUCAACUCUGACCUGGAGGUGCUGCAUGAGAGAGACAGUGGGACCCUCACUACAGUGGGGGAGGUGCUGACUUUCAGGCAGCUGUGUCUGCGGCGGGGGCUAGCGCUAUGCUCCAUGCUGGUCCUCCUAGCUGCAGGAAUCCUCACCAACAUGCUGCUCCCUGCCGUCUUCACAUCAGGGCUAAAUGAGACCUCCACCGUACCACCCACAGUGGACAACCUGUGGACUCACAAUACUAUGGACCAGACGGGCCAAGUAUGA